AUGGGCUCAUACACGAUCCUUGAAGGAAACACCCCUGGAAGUGUGAUGGACUGGUCGAAUCACCAGAAUCAUUCUGGCAAUGAUGUCUUCUACUUCAGUUUCACCGAACUCGCCAUGCAACUUGUUCUCUCAGCGGAUCAUCAGACGAUGAUUUCCUGCCAAAUCAUUGAUACAUAUCGUUCAUUCUCGAGAAAGGCAAUAGAUCCUCUUCGCGAACAUGUCCGCUGUAUCGUGAGAACAGCACUUGGGGACGACUCUUAUCAUGCCAGGGAGUUUGAUCUGCAAAUCACCAUUCUUCAAAUGUUGGAAGCAAUUCACGAAUUCUUACUAGGCCAAAAUACUUUCACACCAGAGAAAUACGAAAAAGGAUAUGCAGCAGACAAGGUCUCAGACUGGAAUGAAGUCAUCAACAACCCCUUCGGUCUCGAUAUAUCAACCAUCCAAGACACAGCCUACUCAAUCCUCCGCAAAACGCCUGAGGAACUGACAGCUGGUAUCCCCAAACAAUGGAGAGUCAUUCACAUGGAAUCUGUUCUUCGCCAUGAUCUCGUCAAGCGAUUCUGGAACUAUCAGAAGUCACUGAAGACAGAGCUGCAAUCGUGCGGGACGAGCUUACGAGACAGGAUUCCGCCUCAUUCGAAGCUGGAGGGCCAAGUUAGAGCCCAGCUUAGCAAAGAGAGUAUUAUCCAGGAUAUGACUUCUCCUCGAGUGACUUUCCACGGUACUACUCUUCAGUCAGUAAGUUCCAUCGUUCGCCAUGGCUUCAAGAUGCCUGGGAAUAUAGUUGAAGGAAAAGUCAUCGCCUCUCCCAGAUCAGGAAUAGCAUUUGACCGAGGAAUUUACUCAUCCCAAGAGGCCUUCUAUGCUAUCUCUUAUGCUCGUGGGCAGAGAGAGAUGACUCCAAUCGGCGUGCUGCCUAGUAUGAGGUUAUUUGUCUGCGCUACCAUCAUGGGUCGCACAUAUACCGGGAAUGAGGGACGUCAUGGGCCCUUGAUUCAAGGAUAUGACUCGCAUUUCGACGGUGGCUUUGAAUACAUUGUUCACGAUGAGCGAGCCAUUGUUCCCUGCUAUGUCAUCCACCUCGAUCUCGGUUCAGAAGCAGCCAAGCAGGCCCUCAAAGACGUACAGGCCAGCCCUGAGGUGUUCUACAACCUGACCAAGACCAAGAAGCGCCGCGAAGCCAAGAGCACAGCGCCUGGAGAUAUUCAACGUGAGAAGGAAGCCAGGAAAGCGGCAGCUCUGAAGUGGUUCCCCUACGGUUUUGGUCCUGCUACGGGUACAAGAUUUGUUAUCGAGGAAGUGGGUGACAUCUCGGACGAUGAAGAGGAAUAUGGAGACUGGCAGGCUGAUAAGCAUGGCUAUUCGAAUUCUUACAUGGAGAAGAACACUGGAGUAUGGGGCGAUGACGAGUGGGAGUACUAUGAUGAGAAUGGGAACCUUGUGAAGGGCAAGAGGCGUUUGAUGGAUCAAUAUCAGCAUGCCACGCGCGCACACAAGAAAGAAUAA